CAAAAAGCAAACAAAAGCCAAAGGAAAGGGCGCUGCUGCUGACACACAACGCCAAUCCAUACAACCAUUCAUCCACCCCCAACACCGCAGCAAAGGACACACGCACACACACACACGCCAUCCACCUACGCAUCGUCUCUCAUAUCGUCGAUCCCAACAACAAGAGAGUCAUCAACAACACCCAACGCACAAGCACGCACGCAACCGCACGCAACCGCACGCACAACAGCAGCAAUGCCGGUGCACGGGUCCAUGGCCUUUGUUUCGGUCAACCCGAAAAAGGCGCAGCAUGUUUCCUUUGUGGAACCGCUGGCCAAGUUUGUGUCUCGCGAGUACCAGCAAGACCCAGCCACCCUCAAGGAGCCCGUGAAGGAGCUCUCGGAGCUGCGCGACUCUUGCAUCGUCAAGGCCCCCGAGAAGCACGACUCCGGCCUCAAGGCCGUCAUGAAAUACUAUGGCCGGCUGACUGCGCUGACACGCCGCUUCCCAUUCAAGACGUCGGAACCGUGGGAUGGCAUCCUGCCGUCGCCCAUUGUCCUGAAGUUCUCGUGGGAGGACAGCCAGGCUUCCAGCGUCUUUGGCGGCAAGAAAAUCGUCGCUCUCGAGGACAUCAACUUUGAGAUGAUCAACGUGCUGUACAACAUGGGCGCCGUGCACAGCCAGAUUGGCGCCAUGGCGAACAUCAGCUCCGACGCGGGUCUCAAGCAUGCCUCCGUCAACUUCCAGAGCGCCGCUGUGUGCUUCAAGAACGUGGCUGCGCAAGUGCACAAGUACUACACCAAACCUCCAUCCUCGGACCUCCAGCCCAUGUUCCUCAACGCCCUCUCCUUCCUCAUGCUGGCCCAGAGCCAGGAGAUGUACUGGCGCAAGUGUGUCGUUGAGCGCAAGAGCAACGGCACGAUUGCCAAGCUUGCCAAGCAGACCUCGAGCUUCUAUGCGGAUGCGUACCGCAACCUCGUGGCCAGCGGCGUCGCUGACAAGACCUGGCUCGCCGCCACGCAGGCAAAAACCGCCUACUACGAGGCAGACGCCCAGUACAGAAUCGCGAUGGCGGACAAGGCUGAGGAGGAGAUGGGCAGUGCCAUUGCGCGUCUGCGCAUUGCAGAGGCGAAGCUUGCCGAGGCCGCGCACCAGGCCGCAGGCACCGACUUCAACACCAGCCAUCUGCAACAGACGGUGUCGUCGCUGAUCAAAGAGUACGAGAAGGAGAACGGAAUGAUUUACAUGAAGGUUGUCCCCGCCGCCUCUGCGCUGCCACCACUGGACCAGCACGCGACAGUGAGUGCGGACCGCGAGCUGCCGGACUUCACGGCCAAGGAGUACAUGGGCGACGACCCGUUUGCCGCCAUCAUGCCCCUGUCUGUGCACCAGGGUGCGCAGCGGUACGCGGAGAAGCGCGACGAGUUUAUCCGGGAGCAGAUUGAGGCCAUCAACAAGAGCACCAACGAGUGCGUGGAAGGGCUCACGGAGAUGCAGCUGCCGGGUGCACUGCAGGCCGUGCAGAACCCAACCGACAUCCCGCAAGCUCUCGUGGCCCACUGCGAAGAGAUUCGCGCAGCCGGUGGCACCGCCCCCUUGAACGACCUCAUUGCAGCGCUGCCUGAGAAGAGCAAGAUGUGCCGUGAAAUGCUUGACGAGACCCGCGAGCGCCUCGAGCAGGAGGAAAAGGCAGACACCGAGCUGCGCCAGAAGUACGGGUCCCGCUGGUCCCGCGAGCCCUCCGCCAAACUGAACGCAAACAUGCGGAAGGAGAUUGACAAGUACACGCGCAUCAUCGACAACGCCACACAGAGCGACCAGACAGUUGUCCACCGCUUUCACGAAAUCGAACCUGCGAUCCAGUUUAUGGCUGGUCCGAUCGAGGAGGUGAAGGCUGCGCUGCCGACGUCCAGCGGCGAUGCAAGCGGCCCCGCCGCCCCAAUGGAGGAGCUCACACAGCUGCUCACCCGUCUGGACGAACUGCGCGACCUGCGCGACGCCAUGUCCGCCAAAUUCGAACAGCUCAAGGAAACGGACGAUAUCACGCAUCUGCUGCUGGAAAAGGGCAGCUCGACCGACGAGGCGACGCUGUUUGACGAGCAGCUCAAGCACUACACCAACGCCGUGGAGGAGGCCCAGCAGCUGGUGCAGGAGACAACAGACGUGAUGGCGCGCACACGCGAAGCAAACGACCGCUUCCGCGCAUCAAAGUCCGCUGGCGGCGCAGAGCGUGAGGCCAUGCUCAACGACCUUGCCGCCAAGUACGAGGCGUGGAAGACGCUCUCGCGCGACCUGCAGGAGGGGUCCAAGUUCUAUGAGCAGCUCAUUGGGCUGCUGUCCAAGCAGCAGGCCAAGUGCACCGACUUUUGCGUGGCGCGCGACUUUGAGAAGCAGGACCUGCAGAGCAGCAUCACGCGUGACAUUGCCUCUGUUCCCAGCGAGGACUACUCAACACCACCAGGGUCAUCAUCAUCUGCUCCCACCGCCACCGCCACCUCCACGGCGACGCCGCAGCCGCAGCCGUCAUCCUCGUACCCGUCUGUGCCACAGCCGCGCACGCAGCAGGCGCCACCACAGCCCGCAUACGGGUACCAGCCGCCGCCGCAGCAGUACGUGCCGCCAUCGGCCAACCAAUCGUACCAGGGAUACGCGUCUGCUCCCUCGUCGUCGUCGUCAUCAUCAUACAUGCCGCCAUACCAGCAGCCCCCGCAGCAGCAGCAUGGCGGGUACAUGCAGCCGCCGCCACAGGGUGGGUACCAGCCGCCGUACGGCCAGCAGCCACAGAUGCCACCCUACCAGGGCGCACCACCACCCAUGCAGCAGCAGCAGCAUCCUCCUUAUGGCCAGCCACCACAGGCUGCAUAUGGGCAGCCGCCUUACAACCCGCAGGCUGGGCCGUACGGAAACACCAGCCAGUACGGUGCAUACCCUGGCCACUACCGCUGAACGUGGUGCACUCAUGUGAGGGCUUAAGCGGGGAUUGGGAAGAAGAAGGGCGCGUUGUGGUGUGUGUGUGUAUGUGUGUGUGAGUGAGAGAGAGUGUGUGUGUAUGUGACAUGUUAUGGGGUUUGGAGAGAUGAAGGAAGGCAGCAUGUUUCUUUGUUUCUGUUACGUUUCAUACAUGUGUGGGUUUUGCGAAUGCAUAUGUGUGCGAGGGCAAAUGUGUGCGAGUCUCUCUGUGUCUCUCUGUUCGCGGUUGCCUUGAUUGUUGUACGCUGUCUGAUCCUCCUUCACGCGACUAUGCUUGGCCAGAGGGACGCGCUGUACCUCUUCCUUGUUCCCGAGUUGUGUGUGUGUGUGUGUGUGUGUGUGUGUGUGUGUGUGUGUGUGUGUGUGUGUGUGCACAUUGGCGAUUCAACCCAAAGCAGGGGCGUUAUUGAAUUCCACGUCAUUUUCUUGCAGCCAUAAACAAAGAGACAAGAGGCA